CCUUCGCAGACUUCCGUACCUUUCACUCUCCUCUAUCCAGGUUCUCUCUUCUUCCUCUCUUUACCGUUAUACAUUGCUGAUCAAGUUUACCACCUUUCAUUUAGGCUAUUCGCAAGCCUUAUAUCAACACUUUGGACUAGGCUCUACACACUCAUAGCAACCCUGCGUGGAGGGAAGCAUGGCAAGACUGGCGGCAAUCCAAGAGCACCUACUAUCUUGCUCUCCCUUGACCCCCUCUCUUUCUGACUUAAGUGGAACCAGACUUCAUACUCAACAUCAGUUGAAGAGAAAAUUAUGGCAGCAAAAAGGCACUCUUUAUGUAUCCGCAUCAAGCACCAAGAAAAUCUUCAACAUGGGAGGCAUCAGAUUUAUUGGAGUGUUUUUGUCUAGGCUCCUUGUCAAAGAGGGUCACCGAGUGACUUUAUUUACAAGAGGUAAAGCGCCUGUCACUCAACAAUUGCCAGGUGAAUCAGACGGUGAUUAUGCUGUUUUUUCUUCCAAGAUCUUGCAUUCGAAAGGUGACAGAAAGGACUUUGAAUUUGAAAAAUCCAGUCUCUCAGCAGAGGAGUUUGAUGUUAUUUGCGUAAAUGGACGUGAGGCAGACGAAGUUGAGCCUGUAUUUGAUGCUCUGCCUAAUCUGGAACAGUUUCUUUACCGUUCUUCCGCUGGUGUCUAUCUCAAAUCUGACCUAUUACCUCAUGCAGAGGCUAAAGGUUUUGCAGUUUCUAGAAGGAAAGCAGCGUCUUUGAUCUUAUCAACCUACAUUCUCUCAAAGGUCGGCAUAGCACUGGCUCAGCAGUCUCCUGUGUUCCGGGAAUACAUAGAUGCAUUUGAUGGUUAUUCAUUCCAGUACCCAAGGAGUUGGAUUCAAGUCCGUGGUGCUGGGGCUGACAUAUUCUUCAGGGACCCUUAUGUUCUUGAUGAAAAUCUCUCUCUUGAAAUUUCUUCACCUUCAUCCUCCCAAUACAAGAGUGUUGAAGACUUGGGUCCACCCCAAGAAGCUGGAAAGAAAGUUCUCAAACAAUAUCUGACUGAGUUUAUGUCUACUAGACUCGGUGUUAGACGUGAAUCAAAUAUUCUUUCGACUUCUUCAAGAGUAGCUGAUGAUGGCAAGUUGUACUAUGAAGUUGAGGUAAACAUCAAGUCAUAUGCAAACAACAAUGAACUUGCUGUUAUGCCACAAGACCGGGUGGCUCGUCUGGAAUGGGACCGGAGGUACCUAUCUGUUCUUGGAGUUGAAAACAACCAACUGUAUGAGUUGAGAUUGCAGGUGCCGGAAAAUGUGUUUGCAGAGGAGGAAAGUGAUCUUCGUAGAGUCAUGGAUUCGUUUCGAGUGAGCAAGAUUGCUGCUUAGAACUAGAAUGUUGGAUACAUGAAUAUGCGCGUUGUUCUUGGAACAUAAUCUUUUCUUUUCUUUUUUUAUUUCUUAUCAAUUCUAAAAAUUAUUUUUCUCUAACUCUUUUGCUAUAAUUUGGGCUCUGUUUAUUGUUUUGUUACACUCUUAUCUUCAUUUUCGUAUCUAUUUAAGUCUGUUUGAGAA